UCCAGGCAAUCGUCCUCGAGCUAGAGAACAACUAACCAACCAGACUUCCUCAGGGUACCACGAGUCGACGUCCCGCAACCAUGAAGCUCUUCGUUUUGUGCGCCGUGUUCGCCCUGGCAGCCGCCCAGCCGGCCAAGAACGAUCUCUGGAAAGGCAGCAGCAUGGACCAGAUGGUCGACCAGACCAAGAUCGAAUGCGCCCAGAAGAACGACGAGGUCUCCUGCAUGAAGUUCAAGGUCCUCAACAUGCUCGACCAGGUGUUCCGCAAAGACAGCUUCAAGGUUUCCGAGACCGUGGAAGUGACUCGCAACUCGUACCCCGUGGAAGAAGUGUCCGGCCGCAGCGAGGGCUCCUUCCUGGACAGCGUUCAGAGCUACCUGUCCUCCCACGACGUGACCUUCAAGCUGCCCAUGGACUCCUCGGUGAAGGUUAGCGCCAGGAACAUCGACGACGACCACCUGAGCUUCGACGUGAAAUUCGGCCAAGGCCGCGCCGUCGAAGAGGCUCGCAAGUCCAAACUGAAGAAGGUGGUGAUCCCGAUCCUGGUGUUCGUCCUGCUCAAGGCCAUGACCCUCAUCCCUCUCGCGAUCGGUGUCCUCGGUCUGAAGGCCUGGAACGCCCUCCAACUGUCGUUCUUCAGUUUCAUCGUCUCCGUCGGAAUGGCGAUCUUCCAGCUGUGCAAGAAAAUCGCGGCCGAUGGCCAUGGCGCCGCGCUCUCGGCCCACGGGCCCUGGGAAUACCAGGCCCAGUACAGGUCCUUCCAGGACGAGCAGCCGACGUCGCAGUACGCGCACGAACUCGCGUAUUCCGCUCACGCGCAGUCGUAAAACGCUCCGCAAGCCUCGCGCCGACUUUUGUAAAAUACCUGUCUUCCUACUCUCCUCUGUACGCUUUAUUUAAUAAAUUAUUCUUUGCAAUCUGAA